AUGACUGGACUUACGAUGAGACCAGCAAUGGCAACACGCUCGAGAGAUGUGACUGUUCCUCCGACGCCGCCCAAUGGGGAAAGAUACUUCUAUCCUCCUACAAUCGAGCAGCCUCUGCAAGGCGAGAUGGCCUCCAAACAUAUCAAAGAAGAACCUCUCACGCCAAACCUCGCGCCAAGGGACUGGAAGAAUUAUAUCGAAGAUUCUAUCGAUACGCAAACUGACCAGCUGAUCGAGUUCUUAGACGACUUUUCAGCUGCAUCGAAGUCACCAGUUUGGAAACCGACGAGGAAGGAAGGCUGGGAUGGCUAUGCCGAGACAGCAUCAGCGGCCAGUGUGAUAUCCUCGUUUCUCUCGUCCAGGCAGACCAAAAGCGUCGCGCUCGGCUCACCAACGUUUCCAUCUGUGGUCAGUGUCUUCGACGGUGGCGACGGGCCUUGCCUUGUUAUGAACGGGCUAUUGUUUCCACGCUUGAUAUCACCGUCACAUCCCUAUUCCUUCAAAGAGACUGCCGCACCGUUACCGCAUACAACGCCAACGCCGAUCGAUACAGGAGGUACCGCGGCUAUCGUGGCUGCCUAUGCUUACUUACAUUCAGUUCGACAUCAUCUUAUCGGCACAGUUGUCUUAGCGGCGAUCUCCGACACGGAAGAAGGACACUUGGGCACAUGUCAGCAUUUACUACAUACUGAUGAGAGGAGAAUGCUUUGGAGAGGCGACUGCAUGAUCACUGCCGCUACAAGCUCCAAAACCUCCACGAUACCACUUUCUCCUCCAGAGGCAUUUUCCUACAGACCCGCGACGAAAACCAUUGACCCAGCGACUUUUGACUUAGGGUCCUCGAGCUGGCAAAGGAAUCUGCCGAACGAAAACUUUACACCUUCUUGCCUCUCAACGCGGUGCGCCACUCAUCCUGUCGCAACCUCAAUAUCAAAUAAUGGCAAAAGAGUGUUGGGCAGACGACCAAGUAUGGACUUCAAGAUUGCCCGUCAGCCCGGCUCACAUGCUCGCUUCUGGACCGAUGCAGGUGUCUCGAGUUUUUGUCUUGCGGUUGGUGGUACGGAUAGCAAGACAACCGCUUCGCCACAACAGCAAAUGUCAGAAGAGGGCUCGGCGGUGCCUGACGAGAUGGUUGACUCUGGGAUCCAGGAUGCGGCGACGAGAGAGCGAGGGACAGAGCAGAUUCAUGGGCAACAGGGAGCAACAGAAGAGGUGGAUAAGGAACAGUGGAUUCAGCUUGUCAAGGUGUUGGUGUUGACGGCCUGGGAUCAGUUAGGCUUAGAAGAGUGA